AUGGAUUUCUUGGAAGCCAUCAGAUUUCCACUAAAUGUGACACUGAACGCAUGUGGAACCGUCUUCAACGCUAUUUUGAUUGUCCUGGUUAUCACGAAAACACCAAAACAUAUGGUUGCAUUGUAA